AUGUGGGCAUUGAAAAAGUUGAAUCUUGAUUGGGUCGAAGCUGCUAACCUAAGAAUGACACAACUCAAUGAGAUGGAAGAAUUUCGUCUCCAUGCCUAUGAGAGUGCAGCCAUGUAUAAGGAGAGAAUGAAAUUUGUUCUUGAAAAGAAGAUCUUGAAGCGGGAAUUCAUAUCAGGCGACUUGGUCUUACUCUUCAACUCAAGACUCAAGUUUAUUUCCGAGAUUUGGACUGGCCCAUUCAAAGUUGUGAGUGUGUCCCCCUAUGGUGCUAUUGAAUUGGAGUCGGAGGAUGGAACUCGAACUUUCAAAGUAAAUGGCCAACGAGUUAGGCAUUACCUCGGUACCAUAGGAGAAAGGCAUUUGUUAGAACAAUUUGCUCUCAAGGAUAGUCCUCCACCAGUCCCCACCACUGAGUAG